AAGAUCUUGAAAAGUGGCUCCAGAAAGCGACGCCAUUUUCACACAUCAUCAAAAAGGUCCAUAAUGGAUACGGCCACGUUCACUUUUUAUCACAAGACGAUGCCGGCGAAUUUUUUCAUUUAUAUCGAGACACAACGAUGGACGGCCCUUUGGGAAUUGAAAUGAUCCGCGCAAAAGAAUCUUAUUAUUAUUAUUUCAAGUCGGACAAGAAAGUUGUAUAUUUCAAAGUGAGUCUUAUGUGGAAUGAGGAUCGAAGCCAGCCUACAACGCCCCAAGCAAUCAAUAACCAGCAAGGCGGCAAGGUCGAUGUUAUGACAAAGUCGAUACAGCCCCACAGCAAGACGAACAGUUUCCCGAAUCCAAACUCAGUACGACCACGCAACAAACCGGUCAAGAACAUGUCAACUGUGGCGAUAAUGAAAGGCAAAUUGAAAGAAAUUAAUGUACUGGGAAGACUGGUUGUGAACCAUCUUUUAUAUCCUGACAAUAAUUCAGCUGAUGUGAGAUUACCACGAAGAAUUGAUGUGGCAGCCAAAGUCAAGGUGGAAAUUGCUCUUGGAAGAAUCACAUUUUCUAUCAGAACUGAAGUUGUCCAAAAGCGAGCUUUAAUUAUUGGUGUGUGUGAUGUCUCGGGUGCUGUGUUGUAA